CGGUGGGGCACGAAGAACACAACGGCCUGGCCGCCGGGCGGGUGAGCUCUACACUGGGCCUAGGGCCGCCGGGAGGGGCCGGAACCUAGUCAGCACAACCUGCGAGUAGGCGUUGGGCCGCUGAGACCCGGAGGGCAGCAAGGGGCGAAGCCCCGGUCUAGGCCCUGCGGAGAUGUCCGGCUGCGGCGCUUGUACUUGCGGCGCAGUCGCUGCGCGGCUCAUCACCUCCUCGCUCGCCUCCGCGCAAAGAGGUAUUUCUUGUGGUCGCAUUCACAUACCAGUUUUAGGAAGGCUUGGGACCUUUGAAGCUCAGAUUUUGCGAAGAGCUCCUUUUAGAACCUUUACAGAAACACCAGCAUACUUUGCCUCAAAAGAUGGGAUAAGUAAAGAUGGCUCUGGAGAUGGAAAUAAGAAAUCAGUAAGUGAUGGAAGCAGUAAGAAAUCAGGCUCUGGGAAUUCUGGGAAAGGUGGAAACCAGCUGCGCUGUCCUAAAUGUGGUGAUUCGUGCACACAUGUAGAAACCUUUGUGUCAUCCACCCGUUUUGUGAAGUGUGAAAAAUGUCAUCAUUUUUUUGUUGUGCUAUCUGAAGCAGACUCAAAGAAAAGCAUAAUUAAAGAACCCGAAUCGGCAGCAGAAGCUGUAAAAUUGGCGUUCCAACAGAAGCCACCUCCCCCUCCCAAGAAGAUUUAUAACUACCUCGACAAGUAUGUUGUCGGCCAGUCGUUUGCUAAGAAGGUGCUUUCAGUAGCUGUGUACAAUCACUAUAAGAGAAUAUAUAAUAAUAUCCCAGCUAAUCUGAGACAGCAAGCAGAGGCUGAGAAGCAGACAUCAUUAACACCUAGAGAGUUAGAAAUAAGAAGACGGGAGGAUGAGUACAGAUUUACAACACUGGCUAAAUGCCUUGAUGUCCCUUUUGCUAUCUGUGACUGUACGACUUUGACUCAGGCUGGAUAUGUAGGUGAAGAUAUUGAAUCUGUGAUUGCCAAACUGCUCCAAGAUGCCAAUUAUAAUGUAGAAAAAGCGCAACAAGGAAUUGUCUUUCUGGAUGAAGUAGAUAAGAUUGGCAGUGUGCCAGGCAUUCAUCAGUUACGGGAUGUAGGUGGAGAAGGCGUUCAGCAAUAUCUUGGAUUUGGAACACCAUCUAAUCUGGGAAAAGGCAGGAGGGCUGCAGCUGCUGCAGAUCUUGCCAAUCGAAGUGGGGAAUCAAAUACUCAUCAAGACAUUGAGGAAAAAGAUCGAUUAUUACGUCAUGUGGAAGCCAGAGAUCUCAUUGAGUUUGGCAUGAUUCCUGAGUUUGUGGGACGGUUACCUGUGGUAGUUCCUCUGCAUAGCCUAGAUGAGAAAACACUUGUGCAAAUACUAACUGAGCCACGUAAUGCCGUUAUUCCCCAGUACCAGGCCUUGUUCAGUAUGGAUAAGUGUGAACUGAAUGUUACUGAGGAUGCUCUGAAAGCUAUAGCCAGAUUGGCACUAGAACGAAAAACUGGUGCACGAGGCCUUCGGUCCAUAAUGGAAAAGCUGUUACUAGAACCAAUGUUUGAAGUCCCUAAUUCUGACAUUGUAUGUGUGGAGGUUGACAAAGAAGUAGUAGAAGGAAAAAAGGAACCAGGAUACAUCCGGGCUGCAACGAAAGACUCUUCUGAAGAGGAGUAUGACUCUGGCGUUGAAGAGGAAGGUUGGCCUCGCCAAGCAGAUGCUGCAAACAGCUAAACUGUCAGACUCCUGUAAAUAAAGCUUCUCCUUCUUUGUUUAGGACGAUAACUCUCUACAGUCUGACAUUAAAGGAGUUGGGUCUAUCUUGGAUAGCAUACAUGGUCAGAAGCCUUUAGGAUAAGAAUCAGAUCAUGUAUUAUAUUGUAACAUCACAUUGAUUUAUACACAGAGGACAUUAUGUGGACUUUAAUGAUACAGUGUUCAGAGAUAAAAUGUGCAUUAUUUUGGUUCAGUUUUUUUAAAAAUAUGCUUUAACAAAAUUCUUAGGAGUGGUUUUAAGCAACGCAGGUGUUGCAGUAACUAUGGAUUUUACGAUAAUGUUACUCUACAAAUGGGAAAAUAAAUUCUUCAAAAUUGAAGAUUGAGGUACCAUUCUUUAGUUUAACCUUUUUCUACCAACGUUUGUGACCUGAAAAUACAAGAAUUUUAUUCAUUUUAAAAAUUGGAACAGGUAGUUUCCAAGUAGUUAAAAUUUCAUGAAAAAGAACCCUGAAGAACCAUAUUUUGAUAAUAUAUGCUCAGUUAAAUUCUUAGUCUUGUCUGCUAGUGCAUGACACUAACUUCCCAAUUAGUACUAUAAAAAAAGCUUCCUGCUGACUUGUCUGAUUUAUUUGUCACCUUUGAUCCAUUUCAGUACCAUGAGUGAGAAGAUGGAAUUGAAGUUUGGCUUAGAUCUUCAGAAAAAAAGUAUACGUCUAAUUUUAUAAAUAGCAUAUACAGUAUCAGUCAGAGUCACAGCCAUGUGCUGAACUGAACGAAAUACCCUAAGAUUGUGUAUUUACCGGAAGUGCUUGGGCUAGUGUAUAUCUGGUUUUUUGUUUUAUGAUCCUGAAUAUUUGUCUGAUUUUUUGGCUUCAUAGAACAUUAAAGACAAUCUAUGUUUUGCUAUCAACAGAAGUAAAUGUGUUUACACUAAAAUAUAAUUUAUUGACCUUCAUUAUAAAGCAAAACUAAAAAGGGGUAAUUUGGGGGACUUAAAAAUGAAAAUUGUAUCAUUUGAUUCCAUAAAUAUUAAAAUAUUUGGGUACCUUUAAAAAAAUUUUUCUUUCUGUAAUGUUGAUAUGUUUUUAUAUUAUUCAUUCAGUUCAACCUCAUUUGAAAUGUUUAAAUCAGAGUACACUGAAAUACUUGUUUUAUUUUGGUUUAUAGACUCUUGAGUUUUCCUUACCCCUUUUUCUUAGGAAAAGAACCUUAAACUAUUAGCAAAUUCUCAUCUUGUUCAUGAAGAGUUGGGCUUUCUAUGAUGUAAUAAAAUAGAUGUGAGACAUCUAUUUAUGGCUGGUGUAAGACCAGAAAUGCACUUUUGCAGAGUAUGUAAGCCUGGUUCCUAUCGGAUGGAAGAGAAACAGGUAUCCUUCUUAGUCUCCCUAGAAAUGGUUAAAGUUCUUCUCAAGAUGUCUUUCAGAUUAUAACUUUGCUCAUUAUCUUUUUCUUAUAGCAUCAUUAUUUUCCUUUUUGUAGAGUGAAAAUUGGAGUAGCUUCUAAAUAUAAUAAGGGUAAUCUUCCAGAAAUGGACUGGGAGACAUUUUAGUCGCAACAACUUAAACAUUUGGUUUUGGAAGUUGUUGACAAAGCCUAAUCGAUGUUUUUAAAUCAAAAACAGCUGAAUUUAACUACAAUUUGUAUCUAGAAACUUAUGUUUUGGCAUUUGAAUAAAACAAGGACUACAUGAAAGCCAGUGUGGUGGUGUGUCCAUAAUGCGGGGUGCAGGAGCCCUCUGCCAGCAGUGCAGUUCUCCGUAGAGUACAGAUGUCAUAUGAGCUGCUUUCUUCUAGGGAUUGGUUAAUCCUUGGCACUUUCAUGUCCGUCUGAUAAAUUCUCCUAGUUUGUAGAUUCCAGAAACAAAAACUAUUAUUAAAGCUUAUGUUAAAUAUUUGUUGAAAAUCCUUACUUAAGUGUCACACACAGAACCCAACACUAGGGACACAGACCAAGCUUUUCAAGAACCUUACUAGUCUAGCAGGGAGGGCAAACACAAACUUCAGGGCAUUAUGAUAAUGGAGAUGAAGUACGUACCAGAUGUGGUGGCCCAGAUGGGUCUGGAAGAACAAGUAGGAAUUUGCUGGAAAAGAAUAAUGAGAACUAAGUCAGCAUCUCGGAAGUGUGAAACAACCACCAGGGAGGUUUAGGAGUUGAGAGAUAGG